AUGGGGCAUGAUAUAAAUGAAUAUGAACUCAUCCCAGAAAGUAUCAACUCUUCUGCAGCAGUGAGAGAGGCAAAGGACGUUCAUUUUGAGAGAUCUAUUACUGUUAGUGAAGACGAUGUUCUCUUGCAUAAGAAGUUGAACAACAAGCAAAUGAUUGCAUAUAAUGUAAUUAAAGAGAGAAUAUUUUCAAACAAAGCAGGACCAUUCUUUAUAGAUGGUCCAAGAGGUACAGGGAAAACUUUUUUAUACCGUGCCUUAUUAGCAACUAUACGAUCAAUGGGAUACAUAGCUUUAGCAACAGCCACAUCUGGUGUUGCUGCUUCUAUUCUUCCAGGUGGACGUACAACACAUUCACGUUUUAAGAUUCCCAUUGAUUUGGAUGAGAAUUCAAGUUGUAACAUAAGUAAAGAAAGCUCGCUUGCAGGUCUAAUUCGAGAAGCAAAAUUGAUUGUUUGGGAUGAAGUCUCUAUGGCUAAAAGAAGAGUGAUAGAAGUUCUUGAUCUGCUAUUAAAAGAUCUGAUGAAUACAAAUGUAUUAUUUGGUGGAAAAGUUGUAGUUUUAGGAGGCGAUUUCAGACAAACUCUUUCGGUUAUAUGA